UGUUACAUAGAAACGGCAGAUGUUAUGUUUGGGUCGUUCAAAACAUUGCCAGCGAGGCACAUCAUUACAACGAGAACCUAGUUCAAGUUUAUAAUGGGUGUUAACUGUUAACGAGAAAAAACAAAGACUCACUUGCUCGGGCAGAUCAGUAUUUUCAGGGAAAAUUUUAUAACCUGUUUCCACUUAACUAAAAAUAGUGCAGAUCAAGGCGCAUGGUAAUGAGACAACAACGGAUCAGCGUUUAUAAAACAAUGAUGCGACGUCGGGCAUUCACGAAUUGGGCGAAUUGCCUGUUGCGCUCACUGGACAAACAGAUCGUUGACAUAUUUAAUCCGAACGAACGCGAGCUGUUCGAUUCGUUGCUGGAAAUCGUUCUCAAUAAAUCGGAGAAGAAAUUUAAGGGAUCUUCACAGGAACGAAGAACAGGCGAGCGAAAGGCCGUCUUGAGCAAGGCUGAAGAAUUUAAGAAGAAUUACUUUCGGUCGGAGCAAGGGCAAGACGUGAAUCGCUUUACAGUCGUCCAGUUUAUUUGGGAUCUGAUAGAGUUCUUUCACAUAUCGCCUGGCAAAAUUUUAUGGGAAAUUGAAAACGCACCAAUGAACGCCAAGGACAUUCUAUUAAAGUGGCUCAACAGCAAGCUUGGAAGGAAAAUCAAGAACUUCACGACUGACUGGAAUGAUGGGACGGUCCUUUGCGAACUCGUCAAUGCGCUCGAUCCAGGCCUGAUUCCGGCGCGAGUAUACCUUCAAGGUAGUUGGCCGCAAAAGAAUGUUAAUGUCGCCAUGGAAACGGCAGAGAAAAACUGGGGCAUACCUAUGAUAAUAUCCCCGGAUGAUAUGAUAUGUAGUGAAGUGGAUGAGCUCAGCGUGAUGACGUAUAUAGCCUUGAUAUUUGAAUACGACCUCGAGAGGAAAUCACCUAAUCAGAGUCCACCUUUGAGUAACGGUCAUCCUGAAAUCAAAAGCAUAGAGAAGAAUGACUUCGAAGAAAAAAACGUCAAUUCAGAAAAUAUAACGAUUACCACGAAGCGGAAACCUGAAUUUGGUAAAGUUGGUAAGGAAAUUGAAUACAGACUGGACCUCCAUGACGUCAAUGCUAACGAGAUAACAGUUUCAGUCGAGUUUAAACCCGCAGAGAAAUUGACGCAAGACUACAAACCCGAUCUUAGGGUGUUCUCGAUGGGAAAAGGACGAUUCCGCGUUAGGUAUACACCCAAUCUUGCGGGCAGCUAUCGAUUGUGUAUGUACUACAAAGAUGAGCACAUUGCCGACAGUCCGUACUGCGUCGAGGUUUUGCCAAAGUUGAAACAGGAGAACGGCAGAAUGGAUUCAAACAAUAACAAGAAUUGGAGUAAGAUAUUAAAUGAGAAUUGUUUCAGCAACGGGCUUGAGGCUAGAAAAGAAUCAGGGGAAAUGCUUAAGGAGAAAGGUUUCUACGGAUACGAUGGUGAAGGUUUGAAACAGGCCACUGUUGGGAAGCUAGCAGUAUUUACUGUCAUCACCGAUAACCGCGAUAAAGGACCGUUGAGCGUCUGCAUAAACUGUCCUGCGGUCUCACUGCCAGUGCCGCAUGUGAAGAGCACGUGUUCGAAGAACUAUUCCACGCAUACGGUGGCGUACAUGCCUACGUUAGCUGGGAUCUACAACAUCUAUGUUAGAUGGGGUCUGAAAUUGAUAAAUGGUAACCCGUUUCGGGUGCAAGUCAGUGAGCACGAUUCAGGCAUCACAAAGGUGGCUCAGACUGUCGAUAACUCAAAUAAAAGAAGAUCAACUCAAUUUAGCCACAUAAAAGUCUACUAUUCUAGUUCGUCGUUAGAUCCAGUCGUAAUGCGAGAAACAGAAGCGCUCGAGAAACUGCUUCAGCGAUACGGCCUGACAAGAAGCUCAUCGGAUGACACCUGGGUGAGCAUCGAUUUAGAACUGCAAAAAGACGAACGAGAUUUGAUCUUUCGUUUGGCGGACACGAGAAGAUUGCCUUUGUUGUUCAUUCACGAACAAUGUCUUGGCAGUUUUGAAGAUAUCUGCGAGUUGGAUAGAAAAGACGAACUAGAGGAACGAUUGAUGUAUAAAAUAAGAAAGGUUUAGGAUAGGAUUAGACGUGUCUUCAGUCGCUACAACGUGACUCAUAUCUGAGUAAGCAUAAUAGCUUGGAUGGAUGGGUUAGUUUCACUCUGGGCAGCAACCUCACUUCGACAUGUCAUCCAAAUUCUGCACACGUGAAUCCGACAUGUCAUCCAAAUUCUGCACACGUGAAUCCGACAUGUCAUCCAAAUUCUGCACACGUGAAUCACGCACGCACGAAUAGCAUUUUAGCAAAAUGAUAAUAAAUAUUCUAAACGUUUAUUUAUUACUGUACAAAUGAUAAAAGAUAUUUAUUAUUAUUACGAAAGUAUUAAAAUAGUCACCGAAGCUUUGCACCACAGUACAAAC